CCCGCCGGCCGGCGAUGCCGAACCAGCCUCAGGGCGGCCCGGGGGACUCCCACCCACCGGGCAGGGCUCUCCCUGGGACGCACUCCCCCCGCGCUCCCGUUGCAGCCCUCGGCCCAGAGGUGUCUGCAGAUCCGGCCGUCGGUCGCCGCGGCCCAGGCACACACAUGGGCCGAGCCGCGCGUUGGCAGAGCGGCGGCGGGGGCACUGCCAGGCGCUGCCCGUGGGCUGUCUGCGCACCGGCCGUCAGGUUUCCUUACUUGCGUCUCCUCACCGGCUCAUACCACGCACAGCGAGCGUGCAGCUCUGUGUUUCUUAUUUCGAUAUACAAUGGAGCAGGAAUCGGAGCCGUGUCGAUGACCGCACGCGUGUGUCUGUGUGUGUGUGCGCGCGCCUGUGAGCAACUUGUGGUCAGAGUCAGCAUUGCGGUGAAAUUCUUGCUAACUGAAACAUUUCAACUGCACAAGAAGUUCUUUUUCAUUCAGGCUCUGAAAAAUGUCAUCAUAUGUAAUCUGCAAAGCACUGGAGUGGUGAACUAGCACAUGCUCUUUUAUUUACUCCCCGUGCACUCCUUAAGUACGAUAGUGACCAUGCUGCUCUGUCUAUUCAGACAGGCCUCAGAGGUACCCUUCAGGACUACUGCUGUGAAAUACAGCUGAAAUCCAGUAGUACUCUGCCUGAAAUGAAAAGCAGCAUGCUCACUGUGAAGAGACUUUUCUGCACUUCACACUCAUCAGUGGAUUCAAAGGAAAUGAAAAAAUUCCAGCACCUCGCACAUAAGUGGUGGGAUGAAGAAGGAGAAUAUUCAGCUCUUCAUUCUAUGAAUGAUAUCAGAGUGCCAUUUAUUAGAGAUACUCUGUUGAACACUAGUAGUAAUUAUGAUCUGGGAAGCCCACUUUCUGGAGUAAAGAUUCUUGAUGUUGGCUGUGGUGGUGGACUGCUAAGUGAGCCUUUAGGUAGACUGGGAGCUUCAGUUACCGGAAUUGAUCCUCUGGAGGACAACAUUAGAACAGCAGAGCAGCACAAGUCAUUUGAUCCGGUCCUGGCCAAGAGAAUACAGUACAAGUUCAGUUCGCUGGAGGAGAUUGUGGAAGAGUCUAUGGAAACCUUUGAUGUAAUUGUAGCUUCUGAAGUAGUGGAGCAUGUGGCUGACCUUGAAAUGUUUAUCAAGUGUUGCUCUCAGAUGCUAAAGCCCGAAGGUUCUUUAUUCAUUACUACAAUCAGUAAAACACAGUUGUCCUAUGUCCUGGGAAUUGUGGUUGCAGAAAAAAUAAUGGGCGUUGUACCAGAAGGAACACAUGAAUGGGAGAAGUUUGUUCCUCCUGAAGAGCUGGAGCAUCUCCUGGAAUUGAAUGGCUUUUCAGUCAAGACUGUGAAUGGGAUGUUGUAUAAUCCCCUCUCAGGGUCGUGGAGCUGGAUGGAAAGCAGGAGUGUUAACUAUGCAUUGCACGCUGUGAAGUCUGGGGCUCAGGGACAGUCGAGCCCAACAGAUGCCCUGUCAGAGAUGGGAAGUGAACAGCGCUCAGCCACAGCUGGCACUGCCCUGUGACUGUCGGCGAUGUGUGGUGAUGGACUGUCUCCAGGAACAGAAAAGAAGGUUUUACCCAGAUGGACAUAAUAAAAGCUUUUGUAACAACAA